AUGAAGCUCAGGGCCCCACACUGUGUGUGGAGAAAAUUAUCAACGGCAUCCCGAGUAACGACAGCAGCACCCAGCCAGUGGCCACACAAGCUGCACGCAAGAUGCUCUCAGCCCGCCCCUAGAUGCCACCCCGGAUGCCGGCCUGGUGCACCCCCUUGUACGCCUCCUGGAGAGGGCAGACAACCUCGGGCGCUGUCGUGUCGUUCGUCAAGCUGCUCCGCUCGCCGCACACCAACGUGGCAUGCAGAGCAAGCCGUGUGGGCGCCGGGAAACACUGCUGGCGAUGGCCCCAAACUCAGAGACUUCGUCAUUAAGGCUGGCAUUGUACAACCUCUUCUGGAACUCUUUAGACCAGACACAGAGACUGCCGAGAUCAACGCGGUGGACCGCCUGGGCCAGAUGACUGAGGAGUGCGGCGGACUGGACAAGACUGAGGACUGCAGCACCACGACAACGAGGCCGUGUACGAGAAGGCCCUGGAAGGAUAUCAUCGAGAAGUGUUCCGGCGAGGAGGGGUCCCCCGUGGUGAGCAGCACCACCAGUGGCCAGGCGUACGACUUCUCUGCCGUGAACAACGUGCCUGAGGGUGGAUUCUCUUUCUAG